AUGGGCAGCAGAAACCCGAUCGUGCCUGACCAGGCAGCCGCCAUAGCAUCGGGCAACACAUCAUCGCCCGGCAUCUCGCCCGCGGAAGACGAGGAGCAAGACGUCGACUCCGGCGACGUAGCCGAAGGCGACGACGAUGACGAAGCGGACAUGCCGCUGACCAUGGCCGCGUCCGUGGUGCUGGCGGAGCUCCCGCGAUCCGCGGCGGACGCGCUGGCGCAAACGGCGGCGGCGAGCGGCGGCGGCGGCGGGCAGGAGCGCAAGGUGGUGGUGCGGUUCAAGGCAGUCGGGUCGGCCCCGCCGCUGGCGCAGGACGUGUGCAAGAUCUCGGCGGCGCGGCGCUUCGAGGAGGUGGUGCGGUACCUGCGGCGGAAACUGCGGUGCCGCGACACGGACAGCGUAUUCCUGUACGUCAACAGCGCGUUCGCGCCGAGCCUAGACGAGGUGGUGGGCAAUUUGCACGAGGUAAGCAAGAAAGAAACUGUCUGA